ACUGGGCUUCCACAGAACUUCAGUUUCGUUUUCGACAGGGGACGUGGGCGAACAAAGCCAAAGGCCCAUUAAUGGACACUUUGCCAUGACAAUUGACAGCGACAGGAUAGCAUUUAGUAGACACAUUCAAGGUAAACACAUCGAGGUGUGAGCUUUAAGCAGAUAGGAACUAUCUGGAAAAGGAUUCAAGAAGAAGUGAUACUAUCAUACUAUUUGAACAAACUUGGCAUCAGAGAAGACUGGUCCUCCUUCAAAAACUAUGGAUGACGGGGAGAGGAACGGUUCCGACUCCGACGACGGCUCGUCGGCCAGCUGGGUGAUACUUAACGACGAUGAUCACAUCAGCGAGGGGGAGGAUAGCCUGGCGACGGCCGGGGGCGAGCCGUCCGCCCCCGCCCCCGCCCCCGCCCCGGCCCCGGCGGGAGCGGACUCUGAGCCACCCGGCUCGCCCAUGGACUCCAGCGGAGAGUCGGCUAAGACGGUUGUGGAGCGCACCGAUGUCUCUGCUGGUGCGGAGACCUCCGGCGCCGCUCCUCCAUCGACCGCCAGGGUUGAGGAGGGCUCGGAUAUUGAGGUGAUCCCUGCCGAGCACACCGACGAUGUCUACUUUGAGGACGAUCCCAUGGACCUCACCGUGGAUGUCUCAGAAGAUUCCAGCAGUGAGACCGUCCGGGUGAUGGGCGCCCUGCCUGCCGAGACGGUGCUGAGACAGCGCCGCGGCCGGGGAGCCGCCCAGAACAGCGUCGAGGACCGGGGCGUGGACCGAGACCAGACCAAAGACCAGACCAGAGACCAGGGGGAGGGUCAGUGUGAGGACCAGAAGGAGGGACCAGAGACUGGGCCGCUGCCGCACCGACAGACAGUCCAGCCGGUGCCGGCCGACAGCGACCGAGACCGCUGGGCGGACGACACCGACCUGUCGACGCUCACUGAUCAGAUGGUGCUGGACGAGGCGGACGCCGGCCGGCUGCGCCAGUACGUGCACCAGCGGAACAACACGGUGAACCACCUGCUGACGGUGGUGUUGGUGCUGUGCGUCACCUGCGUGCUCGGACUCGGAGUGGGACACUUUCUCGGGUGGCUCCACCACCACGAGAUGACGGAGGAGAUCGUCCACACGCUGGACGAGAAGCUGGACGUGCUGCGGGACGACCUGAUGACCUGCAUGACCACAGAGGACGACCAGGAUCUGGACAACAAGUGGAUCAAGGAGCUGUUGACUGAAAACGAGGCGCUGCUACAACAACUGCACGGCGAGGAGGAACAGAGCGGCGCAGAGGGCGGCUCGCACUGCUCUGAAGCCGGCUACGCCCGCCUCCGGGACCAGGUGAACCAGCUGAGGAUGGAGAACGACGAGCUGAAGGCCAACAUCGCCAAAAUGCGCUACGGAACCUCCUCACAGGACGGCUAUGUGCUGCGGCGGCACCGGGACAAGAUCAACCAGUUGGUCACCGAGAAUGGCGAGCUGGCCAGGGAGCUGCGACGGACGCGCUACCUGCAGCCGCCGGCCGGUAUCACAGAUCAGGAGGAUGAUCCGGCACCUUCUGCAGGACAGCCAACCAUCACCGAGUCAGAGCGCGCUAUCGACUCCGACUCUGACUCUGCCGGCGACUCGCCCGAGUUUCUGGCGCCGGCCGCCUACCAGGCCGACUCUAUCGACUCUGCUGACUCAGCCUACUCCAACGACGACUCCGAGGCGUCCUUCACCACCUUCUCCGACUCUGACCCCGACUCCGCCGACUCUGACUAUGGCUCCGCCGGCUCGGCCUCUGACUCUAUGGACGACGACUCGUCUGCGGACGAGGGUCUGCUGGCCGCUCUACUCAGCUGGCGCCCAGCUCCGGGUAGCGUACCUCUCCAGGAGGCCCGUCACCGACUCUGGAGUCUGUGGCAGGAGGCGAGCGACUUCAGUCGUGCAGAGCCCGCCAGCAAGUACGUCCAGAUGGCCGGUAAGACGCUGGCCAAGGUGGAGAAGACCCUGCUGAAGGCGAUGCACAAGGUGCAGCAGUUUGGAGAGGACAUGAUGCAGGAUGACGACGUGGGUGGCGGGAGGAUGGAGAAAGUGGCAGGAAAACUGGGCAGGAAGGUGGAUAAGGUGGUGGCCAAGCUGGACGCGCGCUGGCAAGAGAUCCGCCGCAACUGGGAGGGCAAGGUGGCCGCCCGCGAGGCGGAGCAGCGGCCGGAACCGAAUCAGGAGGCGGCCGGUGAGCCGGAGCGACCCGCCGGUCCGCCGCCCAACGCCUCCGACCCGUCCGUGGCGGCCUACUACGCGCGCCGCUCGCGCCAUCGGCAGCACGCGCGCGGGGAGGACGCCGCCGACAACUGGCAGAUGGAGCGCGGUAAGUCGCGCGCUGAAAUGCGCGGCGCGUUCCACGGCGCUAGCUGGCUGCUGGAGCGGGCUCAGGCGCGCCAGCAGCUCCGCCAGCGGCGCGGCGAGGAGGCGCCGGUGCCGCCGGUCGACCAGAGAUGGCGCCAGGAGCGCGCCGGCCGCCGCGGCGAGGAGGCGCCGCGCACGGACGGAGGAUGGCGUCACGAGCAGCAGCAGCGCCACGAGUGGAGCGCCGCAGAUGACGAUGAUGACCGCGACGACGAUGAUGAUGACGACGAUGACGAUUAUGAAGACCACGCGGCGCGGCUGGCCCGGCACAUGGCGGCCAGCGCCCGGUUUCACGAUAGAAUACAGAAAACGGUGCACCGCCACGCGGUCAAGAUCGACCGCAAGGUGCGGGAGAAUCACUGGAAGCACUUUGGAGGCCGUAAUCGGCACGAGUUUCGCGAGCGCGGACAGAAAUACUAGCGCUCAGGUGAAUACGAGGACUGUGUGAGAGCGUACUGCGCUAACUUAGGGUCGUCCUGCGACUUAUAAGUCAUUUUUUAAUGUGUACCUAACUAUACUGGUCUCUUGAAGAAGGUGGAUGUGGUAUUGAUGGAAAUGGAUGUGAUUGAUACGGUGCUAGGCUAGCUUGAGUUUAGUGUUAAUGCCACUUUAACGAUAGAGUCUGACGCGAUCUGAUACAGGUUGUCAUGUUUUGGGUUGUCUCUUGGCCUUCUUUCUGUUACGUAAGAUGGUUUAAGCUUGAGUUGGCACCUUCCAGGUUAUUGUACGGCAGAUAAGCUAAAAGAUAAUUCAGGUACAGUUACAUUUCGUGAAUCCGACAAGUCUUCUUGGUGUUUCUGAACAUAAAAUUCGUUCCGCCUAAAAAUUACGACUUGCAAUUGUUUCAUCGAUAAGCUUAGGUACUGGCUUGUGUUUAGCAUUAGCGAAUAUCGUGUGGUGUGCCGUGUUUUGUAUGCUGGUAAAGUUUGCUGAAAGUCGUAGAUAUCCAGACGUUGGGUGGUAACUGCGUUGGUAAUGCUGGUAAGCAGUAGUCAGUUUGCUAGGUUACUCUAGAUAAGUUCUACAUGUAAGUCGUUUUAAGAGCUUCUACCCACUAUUUCGGGCAACUGGACACAUGCAUGCCGUUUGAACGGUUUUUAGGACUUUUUUUAACUGUUCUUACUACCGGUUGCGUUCCGACUCCAAUAGUUGUGUUAUGGUUUAGGGCGCAUAAUAUUGCGCUGAUUCGCUUGCAUGCUUCCAACCCACAGCGCUUGGGCUAAGAUAGGGGGCGUUUCUGACAAUAGAAAUAAGCACUUCACGGAGACUGGCUACACAGUCGUACCAUUUCAUCUGUGUGUAGUCGCUAUUACCAGAGAUAAUAUGUCAUGCAUGUUUGACUGCAUUUGUAGAAUAUGAUACCGCCUAGUCGCCGAGCACUUGUCUUUCCGUGACCCCUCUCCCCGUCUACUAAGCAAUGUGGACGUUUGAACCAGGAACUGCUGUUGUGGGAGGGGUUUGGCUGUCUUUCUGUACCCGAACUGUAGCGGAACAAAGAACAUGAGUUCAGUGUGGGCUGUGCCGAGGGUCGGCCCGGCUGAACGAAACAAUAAACACCGAAACUGCC